AUGACCCAGAAUGAUGAGAAAACAACAUCGUCAACCACAACUCCGCCAACAACUCCAGUAUUGAAAAAAGCAGGUCUUUGUGGAACAUGCGAUUGUGAAGUGACUGAAAAAUCAACAUUGGAAGAAGAAGCGUUGGUUGCUGUAAGAGAAUUAUCAUUUGCUGUGAAAAAUAUCGCCAUAUCGGAAAUGUUACCAAGAACGCCACAAUUGUUAUUCAUCAAUGUAACAACUCUGGAAAAUCAUACGCAUUGUAUUGAAUUGACGGGUAAAGGAUGGAGAAUUGCAUCAAAUCGAAAUGAUUGCAUGAAUGGUGAUUUCCGUCAACUUGAUAUUCACACUCAAUAUUAUGAUUCUCUUUAUGCUCUUCUCACAACGAUCUCACCAUUAUACAGGUAUUUUUUUUGAAAUUCGACGAAAAAAAAACAAAAAAUAAUUUCAGAGAAAAGUUCAGCGAGCAACUCAUCAACAAACUGAAUUUGCUUGCCAACGAACAAAGUCGCAAUGAAUAG